AUGGAUGUCGAGGUGCCCGCUGAUUCUCCGGUUGUUCAAAAUGGAGUUAUACUUGAAAAAGAAGAACUUAUGAAAGAUGCAAAAGACGAUAGAAGGACAAAUUGGAGACUUAUCACAAUUGCUGGAAUUGUUUCUUGUUUGAACGCCGUUGAAAAUUCAGUAGUCGGUAUUGGAGAAUGGCCAUACAUGAAAGAGAUAGAUGAAGAUGCUACUGCUCAAUUUUUUGGGUUUGCUACUUCAGCUUCAAAGUGUGGUCAUGCCGUUUUUGCCCUGAUAUUUUCGAUUUGGAGUUACAAGACACAAUCUGUCAGAAUACCUCUUCUUGCUAGCCGUUUUAUUGCCAUUAUUGCAUGUACGAUUUACCUGAGCAUUGAAUAUGUUGAAACCGAUAAAAGAUACGUUUUGAUGUCGGUUUAUGUAUUUUUAGGAAUUGCCAACAGUGGAGGUACAGUACUUCGUGGUUAUAUUACAUUGUGCUCUUCAAAUGAAGAUCGGCCCCGUGCAUUUGCAACUCUUGGGUUAUCGUUUAUUUUUUCGAUUAUAGUGGGACCAACUAUCCAACUAAUCUUCACUGAAUUCCCAUAUCCUGGAUACGAAAUUCUACCCGGAAUUCGUUUCCAUUUGUAUUCGGCUCCAAUUUGGAUUUCAUUUAUUUUGACUAUACUCACUGUAUUCGUCAUUUACGUUUUCAUGGAGGACAUCACCAGAGAAAAAUCAAAGAAGCUGAGACAAAGUGAUUCCCAAGCCAGUUUCUCCAUGGAAAAGCUAAGAGCUGCUUAUCAAAAAAUGAAAAAGAGCAAUUUGGAUUGGAAGCUGAUCGGAGUUUGUUUCUUCGUUAAAGUUGCCGUUACUUUUUCUCAUGCUACACUCAGCACUAUUGGUUCAAUUUUAUACAUGGUUCAAUUUGGCUGGGAUGGAAAAACCACUGUUCAAGUUGGUUCCAUCACAAUGGUUAUUUUCGGAAUCAUGUCUUCCACUGUACUUUUGCUCUACAUUUUUUGUCAUCUUGGAAAAAUAAUCCCACAACACAAAAUGUUCCUCUUCUGUACAAUAGCCUUUGGACUCGUCUAUAUCAUUACAUACCCUUAUGAGUUUUCCAGCACUCCAGUUGCUAGAUAUAAUGAAACUACCCGUUCCGGUUGUGAUCCUAGAGAAUAUUCCUGGUGUUUCACUGCUCUGGCUGUCAAUCCAAUAUGGUACUUGACCAUCACCAUUUUAGUUGCUGGGCCCGCUAUACCUACAAUGAGUACAUCUCUGGAUACUGUGUACUCUAGAAUUCUAGGAAAUAUUGAUCAGUCAAUUGCUCAUGGUGCAAUGACUGUAGUCGAUGAUGUUCUCUACAUGAUCACUCCCAUUUUCACAACAACAUUGUUCACACUAUACGGUGUUGGUCCAUUGUGGAUUAUCAAAACAUUGGUAUUCGCUAUAAUUGCAUUAACCUGGAUGUUAAAUUUCAAAAAGAUAGAACAGCAUUUGUAUUGA